AAGUUACUAAUCAGGCUGAAACACAUAGAGUUGAAGGAAGGGGCUAGGAGGAAAGAAGUGUCGUACUGCUAACGGGCUAAGAGGAUCCAGCACGGAGAAGUGGACCAAAGAGAGCCUCACCAUGUCCAUAGCUCCUUUUACACCUGUGUGGAGGAACAGUGCUGAGUGAAGGGCAGAAAAUAAGAAAACAGAAAUGCUCUGCACUUGGAUAACUUCAGAUCUUCAGCUACUACUGAUUUUGACUCUCUUCUUAGUUGCAGAAUGCAUAAGUGCAGUAAUGGAAGAUCUUGUUACAUCAAACAACUCAUUAAUGCAGGAGAUGGGCAAGGACAAUUACAGUUGGGCUUCAACAAUUACUUCAUCUAUGGACAGAAAGCAGAGCACUGUAACACCUCCUGCAGAAGUUAACACUUCACUAUCAGUACUAGUGGGUACAAAGGCUGUGCUCUCUUGCCCUCCUGUGCUGUGGACAAGUAUGCUGCUAACAACAUGGGAAAUAGUCCUCAGAGACAAGUUGCCCUGCUUCAGAGCCUUCAGGGGUGAUACAAAUGAGACCAAGGGAGGAAACUGUACCGACGAGAGAAUAACCUGGGCCUCCAGACUUGACGAGAAUCCUGCCCUUCAGAUUGAUCCAGUGGCCAUCACUCAUGAUGGGUAUUACAGGUGUCAAAUGGUAACACCUGAUGGGAAUUUCCAUCGUGGAUAUCACCUCCAAGUGUUAGUGCCCCCUGAGGUGACCCUGGUUCAAACUGAGAAUGGAACUGCAGUGUGCAAGGCAGUUGCAGGGAAGCCAGCUGCACAGAUCUCCUGGACCCCAGAGGGAGAUUGUGUCACUGAGCAAAAACGUCAUUGGGGCAAUGGCACAGUGACCAUCCAGAGUACAUGCCACUGGGAGGGCCGCCAUGUACCUAAUGUGUCCUGCUCUGUCUUCCACUUGACUGGCAACAGGAGUCUGUCCAUAGAGCUGGAUCAAGAUGCCAAAACAUCAGCACCCUUAAGAAUUUUACGUAUCGUCCCCCCUAUUUUUAUUAUCUUGGUCAUCGUUGGAUCCAUUUGGCUUUUGAAAAUCAGCGGCUGCAGAAAACGUAAAUUGAAAGAAACAGAACAUACUUCAGUUGUUGAGGAGGAUGAAAUGCAGCCCUAUGCCAGCUACACAGAGAAGAACAAUCCACUUUAUGAUACUACAAACAGGGUGAAGAUGUCUAAGGUGUUACAAAGUGAAGUUGAUGGGAUGAGUCUCCAUACUGUAUAUGUUCCUGAAGUGUAGCACCAGGACAAAUGAAUCAAGAUACAGUACAGAUACUGUUUUGAUUUUCUUGGAGUUCUGGAAUGGAAGGCCUAUUUUGAAAUUAGCUUUUCAAAAAUUCUUAGAAGACAGAGACAUUCUAGAGGAUUUGCAUUCAUAUCCUUAUACAUUUGAAAUUUUAGAAUUUUAGCUGUUACUAGGUAGUUCUUUGAAGAACUGAUAUUAUUACAAAGAAAGCUCAUGCUCAUGAUAAAAUAUUCAAAUUGUUCAAUACAGUAGAUGAUGAAAACUGAGUUACCUCAAGUAACUCCACAGAAGGAACAAUUAACCAACAGUUUUUAUGUAAUCUUCUAGAAAAUUUCUAUGUGCAUAUGUCAUAUCUAUAUGUGCAUGGUAUAUAUGUACACUUAUAUGUCCAUUUACAUAUACAUACACAUAUCCUUGUCAAGACACAAAUGGGAACAUACCAUAGUUUUGUUCUGUACUUACAGAAAGCUAAUAAUAUAAUAUAUCCUGAAGAUCUUUUAUAUCAACACAAGCAGAACUACCUCAUUCUUCCUAAUGGUUACAAAAAAUUCCAUUGUAUGUAAUGGAAUUUAAUUUAAUUAACCACAACUCUAGUGGUGGACAUUUAGAUUAAGUUUUGUUUGUUUUGCUAUUAUAAACAAUACUACAUAGAAUGUUUCUUGUGACUAUAUCUCUUUGUAUGUGUUUGAAUAUAUCUGUAAGAUAAUUUCCUUGAGUGAAAUUGCCAGGUCAAAGGGUUUGUGCAUUUCUUUUAUUGACUAAUACGUCAAACUGUGUCAAUUUACAUCCCCUCCAACCCUGUUUGAAUGUGCCUUUUCUGUUAUUUUAAUAUCCGUAAAAUGCCAACCUACUGUUAGCUAAUAUGAUAUAAGAUUAUAAUAAGAAUUUCACUAUUUAAUAAAACUGAAUUUAUAUUUU